GACAUUUGAGAACAAGAAUGGAUUCUGAAUCUGCUGAUACACCACCUCCAUCUGUUAAAGCUCCUGAUACACAACAUCCUCCAGCUGCUGCUGAUCCCGUGCCUGAGAAUCCUGCAAGUGAUGCGCCAUCAAAACUCUCUGCAGCUGGCAUAACGUCAUGGGCCAAAAGUUUAAAAAUCCCCCAGCCAUUGACUUCCUCGCCAGAUGACUCACCAACUAGCAACGCUGGAAAAUCAACCUUUGCACGUUUUACUAGUGGAUUUGGACUGCGCCUGUCUCCAAAAUCUCCUGCAGCAGAUGAUAGUCCUGAAGGAACUUCAGCAACUUCACAAUCUGGCUUAUUUGGAACAAUCACUAAAGGGUUAGUUGAUACAUCUAAGAAUGCAGUGAAGGCAGUGCAGGUCAAAGCUCGGCAUGCUGUCUCUCAAAAUAAGCGAAGAUAUCAGGAAGGAGGUUUUGAUUUGGAUAUGACAUAUAUCACAGAGAAUGUAAUUGCCAUGGGGUUUCCUGCUGGUGAUAUGAGUUCUGGUUUUUUUGGAUAUGUCGAGGGAUUCUACAGAAACCACAUGGAAGAAGUGAUCAAGUUUUUUGAAACCCAUCACAAGGACAAGUAUAAAGUAUACAAUCUUUGUUCUGAAAGGCUGUAUGAUGCAUCAUUGUUUGAAGGAAAGGUGGCUAGUUUUCCAUUUGAUGACCACAAUUGCCCCCCAAUUCAGCUAAUAACAUCAUUCUGUCAAAGUGCUUACUUGUGGUUGAAGGAGGAUAUUGAGAAUGUCGUGGUUGUGCACUGUAAGGCUGGGAUGGCACGAACAGGGCUGAUGAUUUCUAGCCUUCUUCUUUACUUAAAGUUUUUCCCUACCGCAGAGGAGUCUAUUGACUACUACAACCAGAAGAGGUGUUUUGAUGCAAAAGGACUUGUUCUGCCCAGUCAAAUUAGAUAUGUAAAAUAUUUUGAGCGUAUCUUAACAUACUUCAAUGGAGAAAGCCAGCCUGGGCGUAGGUGCAUGCUCAGGGGAUUUCGGCUUCACAGGUGCCCUUAUUGGAUCAGGCCGUCAAUUACCAUCUCUGAUCAUAAUGGUGUUCUCUUCUCCUCAAAAAAGCAUCCCAGAACCAAGGAUUUGUCGCCAGAAGAUUACUGGUUUAGUGCUCCCAAGAAAGGGGUUAUGGUAUUUGCUUUGCCAGGGGAGCCUGGUCUGACGGAGGUGACUGGAGACUUCAAAGUUCAUUUUCAUGACCGCCAAGGGGAUUUUUACUUUUGGUUGAACACGCAGUUUAUGGAGAACAGAAAAAUCUUGAACACCAGUGAUAUUGAUGGGUUUGAUAAGAGGAAACUGCCUUCCCCAGGAUUUCAGGUUGAGGUUGUGCUAGUAGAUUAUGAUGGCACUGUUUCAACCAGGUCAAAUGUUGAAACUGCUGUGAAGAAAUCAGAUGAAGGUUCAAGUACUGCUCCUGCAUCAGUUGAUGCGGGCACAACUGCACCAAACCAAAAUAAAGACUCAGCAAGUAAUGAUAAAGAUGAUGUGUUCUCGGAUAGUGAGGCAGAGGAAUCAGUAUCUUCCAAACAAAAGCAGGCUCAAGCAUCCUCUGCAGGGGGUGAAACAGCUGCCACACCUGCCCCUAGUUCUGGAACUGACAACAAAACAGAAAAAGUCGCCAGUUUAACCCAAGCAACUGAACAGUUUUCUGUGGGAAACACGGGCUCCCAGCAGUCGCAUGCCCCCGCCCAGCCUAAAAUUGAAGCCGUGGGUGGAACUGUUUCAAGCCUUGAGGCUAACAACACCCAGAGUGAAUUCAAGGCAAUGGCUGCUGAUGCAUCUGUUUUUACCUUUGGAGAUGAUGAAGACUACGAGAGUGAGUGAGCAAGGAGGAGCACUCGUGUCCCUCCUGCAAAGAUCUGUACAUAAAUCAGUUUGCUGGUCAUGCGCUUACCUGUUGGUGAUGUGUUCCGCCUAGGUCUUUAUCUGGCUUGUUAUUUUUGGUUAUUCAAAAGGCAGGCUGGAGGCGACAAUAAUCAGUGCAUUAUUUUGUGGCAUCAGAUUUUAGUGGGAAUUGUUUCAUUACUUUUAUUGAGAAAAAGUUGUACUGCUCUGUACAUUAGUAAAUUGAUAUUAUUUGGAAAGGGUUAUAAGCAAAUUUGCUUCUGCUUCUU